GAAUGACGAGAAGCUGCAUUUGCUGAUUUCCGCCUUCCGCCUAUUUCUGGGUACGCGUUUUCACUCAUUUAAGGAUGCCUUUUUGGGAUUUGAUCGAGACAAGGAUGGAGUUAUAAGUGUUACGGAGUUUGUCGGACACCUGCAGGAUCUGCAGAUCACGGAGCGACGUAUGGACGGAGAGGCGCUUUUUAAUCAUAUUGCAUCAUGUUCAGAGACAGGCUACCUGACAAUGGAGGAUUUUGUGCGUUGGAUGUCUGAGACGGCAACGGACAAGGGCCAGAAGAAUUACGAGUCCAUUGAUGUAGAUGAACGCGCGGUAAUGAGGAAGGCGCUACUUCAGCUUUGCGAGCGGCUUGAGGCUCGGUGCCUGAACAGUUUGCAGAUGUUUCGCCUCGCCUCAACGAUGCCGCGGGCGUACACGGAGCGCCGGGCGGACAUUUACUCCUUGGCAAACCCGCACCGCGACGCCCUUGUGACCCCAGUGCAGUUGCGCCGUUGCAUUGAGGAGGUACUGGGCGGCAACCCUUCGCCGCGUGAGAUGGAUGCACUCUUGUCAUUCUUUUUCCCACAAUUACCGCUUGAGGAAUACCGUAGCAGACGCGACGGAGAUCUCGAACAUGCCUUGGACCUUAAGGCAUUUCAGAAAAAGUACCACGAGAUGAAUAAGUUGCUCAUGCUGUCUGAACCGUCGAAACAGCAGCAGCAAACACAACAACGGCAACAGGAGUAG